AUGAGUAGUGCCAACAAAUCUUACAAACGUUACGAAAUUCACCCAAAAAGAAUCGAUUCAAAAAGAGUAAACGUGUCACUUUCAGUAACGUACAGCAUUGGUGUCAAGGGUGUAACAUUCAAUUGGGACACCUAUACAAAGGGAUGUGCUUCCAUUCUCGAGACUACUCAACAAGCACCCAACAAUACUUGUUAUGAUAUUUCUACUACGGAUAAAGCAACGCACAAACAGGUAAGACUCAAGGAAUGA